GUGUAGUCUACUCAUAAAGCCCAUUGUUGUUGUACUGGUGAUAAAGAAAUGGCUCAAGUCCCUGUACAACAGCAGCAGCAGCAGCCGGGUCAGCCGAGAGGAGGAGGUGUACAGCUUCCACCACUGGUCCCUAAUACACUGGACGAUCAUGGACUAAUGGAUUCCUCCUGGUUUAAAGUUGUCAUUACAAAAUGCCCAUCUGGUGACCACAUAGGGACAGCAUCAGUGUCACUGGAUCGCUGGAAUGGAGCAUGGGACAAGUUACCUGAAGAAGCCUUCAUGACGUCAGCAAUGCUGGCCACUUCUCUGGUACCAAUCAGGGAUCUUAUUUUACGUGGGCAUCAUUUGUCCUCUCUUCCUUCCAAUAUGGCUUCAGAGGAUAAUCAUUUGACUUCUUCAUUAGUCGUUUUUGACAUUUCAUCAAACCGCUUUGUUGAUUUUCCUCCUGUUGUGUGUCAAUUUUUGAGUCUUCGCGAGCUCAAUGCUUCCAGCAACAAGCUUUGUUUAGUACCACAGGAUAUCUCUUAUCUGACAAAUCUUCAAGCACUGAACCUCAAUAAUAAUUCAUUUCAAUCAAUUCCUGUCUCGAUCUGUCUUGCAUGUAGCCUUCAGUCUCUAUCGAUGGAGAGCAACAGGAUCUCAAAAGUCCCUGAAGAAAUUGGGAGGAUGACAAAUCUACAAGAAUUAUACCUCAAAUCAAAUAAAAUAUCAAAGCUGCCAGAGUCUUUCUCUCGUCUGCAGAGACUCCAAACCUUACACAUAUCAGAUAACAGUCUAGUAGCAUUGCCACAAACCAUUGGAGAUAUGGUUAGCUUGAAGCAGCUCCAUGCAGCACAGAACAAGUUGACUUCAUUGCCUGCUAGCAUAGGGAGAGCGCCUUCAUUGCAAGGCCUCACAGUAGCUAAUAAUCCUUUGAUCCAGCCACCACAGCAUGUCUGCAGAGGAGGUCUGUCUGCUAUAAAAGCACAUUUGAAGACUUCAUACUCUCCCAAAGACAAGAAGAACCGAUCCAAAGAUACUUAUGGUAGCUAUGAAACUGACGUUUAAACACAAGAAACAAUCGAUUUUGUAUUAUAUAAACAAAUUACACUUUUACUGGCAUAGAUAAAAUCAGUCAUUAUUUCUUUUCAUUAAGAUCCAUUCCCAUGUUCAGAAUCAUUAGCACCA